GCGCAGAGAGCAUUGCAUAUAAUACUAUAAAAUAUGUACCUACUAGUUUAUUAACGGCUAUAAUAAUACAAUAUACAGACGUGGGGUUGCGGCGACGGGCAUGCGCUUUGAUUCGUGUACCACCCCAUGCUUAAGUCGUACAAUCACCCCAUAUAUUGCUAUACCGGGGAUAGCUAUGUGUACAUAUUAUGAAAUCCCUGGUUUUGUGAUACAGAACAGUAUAAAAGCCAAUAGUUUCGUUUCGUAUCAGCUGGGGCCGUUUGGCUUGUUUUUAUUUUUAUUCCUCGUCAAAUAUCGUUAUACGAAAACUACCGCGCGGUUUUUCCAUAUAUAUACUUAAUUUUAUGGUUUUCCAGGUAUUUGAUUCAGCCGAUUGGAAUCGCGUUGAAUAAACACCUCAAAAUUAUAUAAAUUCAUUAACAAGAUGAUUGCAAAGCACAACGAGUAUCUGGUCACGAUAACGACUUGGUCGUACAUAAAUUACAAACACUACAACUGAGCAUAAGAGUACAAUAUGGUGGUAAUUGCUUAUUGUUACCACCACGGACUACUGUUUUGAUCCUUGCCUGUUGUCUUCCUGGUUUUCCGUGCAAAUGAUGAAAGCCCGUAACCGUUUGAUCCUGUUGAUGCUCACUUGUGCUUUUAUUGUGAGCAUAUUUUUUUUUACAUUCAACAAUUACAAACAGACCGCUCCUAACGCCCUGGUUGAAUCUUAUGGAGGUAAACCCGCGAAAGUGACAAAUCGGCAAAAGCAAAUCGUCCAACAGCAUUAUAAUAUUAUUUUGCCUCCCGCUGUGGAACGUAUGUUACCUGGCCAUAACGGAAUAAUUCCCAAAGAUGCCGUUUGGCAAACUGUUCAGUCAACUAAGUACAAAUUUUUUAUUUAUUCAGCCUACUUGGACUUGAGGAUUAAAUCUGUUGGGCCAUUAGUACGGCUCAUCGGUGCUACUAAAACACGAAGACCAGAUACAGUGUGGUGUAGAUUGUGGUAUUCAAACAGAUCAAAAACAGUCUCUGCUAUUGUAAAGACGAUUCGUGAAAACUGGAAUCUCAAGUACAGUGCGGUUUUUGUACUAUGUAAACUACCACAAGACGGGACUUAUCCAUUAAGCGUAUCAAUAGUAUCUCAUGUCAAAGACUCCAUAACUAAUAGAGUGCAUGUACAAGUACCGAAACCAAGCAGAAAAUUUAAGACUGAAAUAGAAAUUUGCAUUAAACCGUUACAUUAUUAUUAUGAUAAAGCAGUGCAACUCAUGGAGUUUGUAGAACUCAACUCCUUACUUGGUGUCGGACAUUUCACACUGUAUAAAAACACAAUUGGGCCAAACGUUGAAUGUAUACUUGACCGGUAUAAAAAAGACAAUCUUGUUUCCAUUUUGCCUUGGCAAAUCGAUAUGGUGUCCAAAAAGGAAAUAAGAACCGAAGGAAUGUUUGCAGCGCUCAACGAUUGCUUGUACAGAAAUAUGUAUAAAUCAAAAUAUGUCGCAUUUUUAGACAUAGACGAAAUUAUUAUGCCAAAACAGAAUAAUACUCUAAUUCAAUUUAUCAGUCGACUAAACAUGUAUCAAACUCCAGCUGCAUAUUCAUUUCGUAAUGCCUUUUUUUACAUGCAAUGGGCCGACGACGACAGUUUACAAACUGAACAGAAUUCAUUUCAAUCUAACCUAAUAGUUUUACGCAAAACUCGUCGGAAAACCAAAAUACAUCCACACAAACAACGGUCAAAAUACAUUUGCGAUCCUCGGAAAGUAGUCGAAGUCGGAAAUCACUUUGUUUGGGAGUUUUUGAGUUCCGGACAUGAUGGAACAAAUUACAUACCAGCAGAACUAGCAUUGCUUCAUCAUUACCGUGUGUGUGAAUACGGAGGAGACGAUUGCGUCACAGCAGAUUCUACUGUAGAUCGUACGGUGCACAGAUACAAAAACAAAUUGGUCGAUAGAGUCACAAAUACUCUAUCCAACUUGGAUACACAAUGCCUAAUAGAAGCUCAAGCGAAUACAAAUGAUACAUUGUACUUUUCAAAUUAAUCAUGUUGUUAUGGGUAACAAAUAAAGUGCUUCCAAUAAACUUAA